ACCCGCACCAAAAAGGGCUCCCGGAGCAUCCCCGAGUACCUCACAGAGAUGCAGUCAAUCGCUAAUGACCUUGCCUUGGCUCAGAAUCCGGUCUCGGAACAAGAUUUCCUUGUUCACGUACUGAAUGGUCUAGGGCCGGAGUUUGGUGAUAUUACUUCAGCCAUACGUGUCAGGGAGACUGCCCUUCCUAUUUCUGAACUUCAAUCAAUUCUCCUUGAACGUGAGGCCAAACUACAUGAAGAAGCUGCUGCUGCUCCACCUUUGGUUCCUACGGUCAACAUAACAUAUCAAAAUCCAAGGUCCAAUCCUCAAUCUGAUCGACGCUCUGCAGGAAGUGAUAGGCGCACAAAUGGCCCCAGACGUGGACGUGGGGGCAUGCAUCCAUCUGCCUCACGUUCCACUCCCAGUGUGAUAUGCCGUUUUUGUGAUAAUCUUGGUCAUGAAGUUCAGGCGUGCAGAAAACUCCAACGUUUUUUGCGUGAUAAUAAGAUACCCUAUCCGGCAGUUCCUAAUAUUCAGCACACAACAACUAUGACUCCGGGAAAUCAGCCAUGGCUAUUUGACAGUGGCGCGUCACACCAUGUCACUUCCGAUGCAUCACAGCUUCCGGCAUACUCUGAGUAUGGCGGUCCAGAUGAGGUUCACUUGGGUAAUGGAUCGCAUUACGGGGGCGCCUCUACUACGAGGGGAGAAUCAUCAUGAUGUGUAUUAUGCACCAGUUCGUUCGUCACCACAAGUUUAUCUGUCUCAAGCCUUGGGCUCCUCAGCCUGGCACCAUAUUUUUGGUCACCCAUCUCAUCGUGUUUUCAAGUUCUUAGUCAGUCAAAAUACUAUUCCAAUUUCAGGUCAUGACACUGCCGUGUCUCAUUGUAAUUCGUGUCAUAUUAAUAAAAGUACCAAACUUCCAUUCUUUAAUAAUACCAUGCAUGCCAGUCA